AUGUCGCGGUCCUCGUCCAGGACUGACGGCCAGGACAUUAUCUGGGGCGGCAGCGCCGACCCUUGCGCCCUGUGCAAGGUGAUAUCCCUCGGCUCCAUCAACCUAGAAAACAACAAGGCAUUGACGGUGGAGGUGUCCAAGCUGCUCGACGAGUUUGGAGUGCCAGCAAACCGGAUAUACGUCAAUUUCUUCGAUCUGGAGCGGCAGAACGUCGGCUACAACGGCGCCACCUUCGCGGGCUGA